CCUUUGUAACUUUCCGUAUGUGUGUUUCAGGCUAACAUCCACAUUAUUCCAAUAACUCAGAUGGCGAUCUUCUAACUGAGUUGUGGGUAUCAUGGUGCUUCGCUGCAGGAGGUGUCGGAAGUGUGUCCUGGAUGCAGUUUGGCUGGUCCCGAUUAAUGCAGCUGAUGAGAACACAUCAGAAUGCAGAAUCUGGCAUCUAGACUUUGACCUGCUGCCUGCCUGGAUUCUCACAGCCAUCAAUCAGGCCAGCUGGACAGUGGGAAAACUGAACUGCCAGUUCUGCGGAGCUCGACUCGGCGGAUUCAAUUUCAUCAACCGUGCAAAAUGUCCCUGCGGCCGCGAGCUGACUGUUCACCUCUGCAGGAGCCGGCUGGACCGCGACGCCGGUCCCGCCCUGUCUGUCUCCCAGGCGGCAAGUGGCCCUCACUCCGAGCGGGGGCCAGGAGGGCCCGCCAGCAAGGACCCGGGCUCAGACCCAAGGCCACCCUCUCCAGCUGAGACCAGCGUCAGCCCUGAGUUUGGACCAGGGACUGAAGCUGCCUGCCCGGAAGUGCGGUCCCACGAGACACACACGGGACCGGCUGAUGGGGGCGACCCCCCGGCGCCCCCCAGCCCCCCGCAGUCUGUGGAGGUGGUGGGCAGGAAGGCUGGUGGGUUGGACCGCAGGGCUGCGGGUGAAGCCAGCCCUUCUGCUGGGUUCUGUGAUGAGGCAGCGCAGUCAGAAGCUGGGCGUGGUCAGGACUGUGCCCCGCCCCCUCGGCCCUGUGGGCAGACAGACCUCGGCUCGGCCCAGCCUGAGUCUCCCCACCCUGCUGAGGGCCAGCGGGAGCUGGGAGACUGGCCAGGGCUGCUCCCGGUCACGCCCAUCCAGGAGGAGAGGGAGGAGCUGGAGGAGGAGAGGGAGGGGUGGGGAGCUCCUGUCGGGAGUCUGUCACUGGCUGGGCCCCCAGUGCGCCCUGCGACAGAGCUCACACUGACCAAGAGGGAGAGGAACCGUCUGAAGAGCCAGAGGAGGAAACAGAGGAAGAGGGAGCGCUGGCUUCAGAGCCAGCUACAGGAACACUCACAGCAGAGUUUGUCUGGGAGUGUGACAGGCAGUGAGGAUGAGGAGGUGCCUGAGGGGGAGAGAGAGGGCUUCACCUGUGCCGUGUGUCUGGACGUCUACUUCAGCCCCCACGUGUGCCAGCCCUGCCAGCACGUCUUCUGUGAGCCCUGCCUUCGUACGCUGGCCAAGAACCGCCCGGCCAACACGCCCUGCCCCCUGUGCCGAACCCUCAUCACACACGUGGUCUUCCACAAAGAGCUCCACCACACGGCGAAGACCUUCUUCCCAAAGCUGUAUGUGACGCGGAAGCGGAGCUUCCAGAGGGCUCACUGCGCGCGCUGGCCCCUCCCCAGCUGCAAGAAGGUGUUCCACUUCUUCAGUGGGUUUCGGAGGCGGGCGGGGCUGGGGCAUCGGCCGCUCCUUCUUGGGGAGCACCGAUUGGAUGUGCUGAACCUGCAGGACGAAUCGGAGGGCUGGAGGUUGGACCUGGAUGUGUGGAUCGUCUACACCCAUUGCGCUAACUGGGUUCUGGGCGUGGCAGUGUGCUGCUUCCUCUGCUACCUCCUGCUGGCCUGGCUAUGAAACUGCAGCUCAGGCCGACCCCCCCGAUACCCAGCAGGCCCUGUCUGACAAACUUCUGUUCUGUGGCUCUUAGCUUAGCAUCUCACGUGCCAUGUUUCUGAAAGAGGUGUUAUCAGUGUGUUGAUUAAAAAAUAUAUAGAAAAUGAACCACUUUUAGGAUCUGAUACCACAAAAGUGCAAAAGUUAUGCGUUUCAUUCACUCAUUCAUUUAACACUAACUCACUUUUUCUUUCCUUCAUCAUUCAUUUUUUUUCUGUUCAGAAUGACGUUAAGUAUGGCCCCCUCCUUGUAAGUUACAGUCAUAAUGCUUUCACGUUAAUAACGCUUUCACGCCCCUCAGAAUCUCUCUCCUUUGACAAAUGUAUAAGUAAAACGAAUGUAAAUGUAUAUUUGACUUUGACUUACACAGCAGUGUGGUAGGGUCACUUCGGCAGGUGAGAAAGGCAGUCUGGCGAAUGUGACCAGUAUAAACACGCUGAUGCUCACGGUGGAGUCCCCCGCUGUAAAUCCAUUCCUCCUGCCUCGUUUUCACUGUAAGAACGUUUAGUGUGUCUGGUGCUCCAGACGCUGCACGCGUUUAGCGGGAAUAGCGCUCCUGUGAUGGAGCGAGGGGCGCUCUGGUCCAGGUCGGCCGUCUGUGAUUGGCAGGGCGCGCACAGCGGGCAGGACCGGCAUGCGGAAUGGGUCUAUGACCAGCUGCUCCCAGGAUUUCCGCUUCAUGUUCUGCCUGCUUAGUGCAUUCGGUGGAUUUUCAUUUCAUGCCCUCGAUACAAAAUGACAGGUUCUGUUUUAUUAAUUUUAUUCAUGCUGGCUUUGUUAUUUUUGCAGCCCACACUGCUCCCGCAGUCCCAUCCUGCCAGCAUUGGCCUGUCGGAAAUCAGAAUCCAAUA